AUGGAAGAGGGCGAACUCAACCCCUCUGCCUCCUCCUCUUCCGGAAACGACGAACUCUACAACGCGCUGCACCAGCGCCUCGUCGCAUCGGGCGAAUGGCAGCGGCUGCUCAUCCUGUUGCGACGCAUGCUCGACGAGUCCGGGUGGGAGAACGAGUUCCAGUCCUUUGCAACGGGCAAAGCGAAGCAGCAGCCCGUGCUCAGCGUCCCUGAUUUGAUCGACGUGUUGACGCCGCAUGCCAAAGACACAAUACCGCCCCAUGUAAAGACGCAUCUGCUCGAAAAGCUGAGGGAUUUUCUUGAUAGGAACCUCGAGGAUGCCUAG